GCAAAGAACCGACUGCAUUUUCCCACGCAGCGGAGGUAUAUGACUCACUGUAACAUAAAGAUGACUUACACGCCUGCCACUGCCUCGCGCAGCGUAUGUUUGACCACAUUGACCCGCGAAUCUCGCUCGACACCAGUAUGAACAAUAUGGCAGUACCGCAAUCAAGUGAUGACGAAGUAUUGGAAGAAUUUCCACUCCGCGGAGCCGGCGAGGCGGAUGGAAUUCCCAGCUCUGCUGCGCCGCGGGCAGCGAGCGCAAGGCCAGCGAAGCGGCGAGCGGUCUGGCUGCAGUGCUUUGCGCCUCGUGUGAAUGAGCCGCCGAGCCCGCCUCGGCCUCAGGCGGGCCCCAGCGUCAGCGGCUCCUCCUCAACCCUGUCCCGCGUGGCCCUGUCAAGUGACGCCGUGCUUUACGCCCGGCCCAACGGCCGAAUGCGGCUUCCUUUCUCGGACAUCGCGGGCGCCCAGCUCAAGUGGAUCGAGGUCGGGGGAGCGCGUGCCAGCAAGGUCAUCGUCUCCCGCAGAGGUGGCGGGGACCCGCUGUACAUUCGUGGACUCAAGGAGCCUCAGGCGUUCGUCGACGCACUGAAUAAGCGCCUCCAGGAGACGGCUGGGACAGCAGGCAGCGUCACCACGACCGCCACGUCCAGUGGCGGGACGCUAAGCGCUUCGGAGCCGGCCGUCCCGCACAAGGCCGCGGAGCUGGAGGAGGCGGCAGGGGCUGCAAAACAGGGACCGGCCAGGCAGCUAUUCAAGGGCCAGGGGGAUGCCGCUGCUGCCUCGACGGCGCCCGCCAGCGCUGCCGCUGCAGGGCCGGCACCAGCCGUAGCAGUAGCGGCCCUGGCCAACGGGUAUGCACACUCAGAAAUCACUCCUGCGGGGUCGGAUGACGAGGAGGGCAAAGGCGCUACGCAGCAGCAGGAGCGGCCACAGCCGCAGCAGCACCAUAUUGUGCCCCAGGAGCAGGAGGCUGCACUCACCAUUUCUAAAGCAGUGCCUGAGCCACCACAACGGCAGCGGGCAGAUGCGGCUAGCGCUGCGCAAUCAGCGUCGAAGCCGUCUCAGGAUCAGCUGCCCGAGCACCAGGAGGGAGCCGCGCCGGCGCUGGCCUCUUCUUCACAGCCGCUAAGCACGCCGCCCGGGCAGCCCGACGUUACGCCGCCUCUGGGCUACUCCCAUUCUGUGCCCUCGACCUUACCUAGCUCCACGGCGGCGGCCGCAACGGCCGGUGCGGCGGCAGCGGCCGCGCGGGACCGGGCAUCAACUGGCGGUGCGGGCGGCGCCAUGACGUCGCUUAGCCCCUUUGCCACGAGCCCGGCUCAGCAGUCCGCGGCCGCAGCCAUCCAUGCGUCGCCGUCCUCGCCGUCGAUGGUCCUGGCGGCUAACUCGCACCGGCAUCAUAAGGCGCCCGCGAGCGCCGGCGGCGGCGGCGGCGGCAUCGCACGCCGCUCGGCGGCGGCGCAGCGGAGGGUGUCCGCGCCGGGGCAGUCACCACUGGGCGACAGGGUCAGCGUCGGAGCCUCCCAGUCGCCCACCGCCAGCGGGUCUGUGAAGCAGCCGGAGCGGUCCGGCCCGCCGCCGCCGCCGGCCGUACCCGAGGACUCCUUCACAGAGGCCGGUGCGGCGGGGGCGCGCAGCGGCAGGCCGGUGGUGACGGCCUCUGGCGUGUCCACGCCGGCUACCAUCGCCACGUUGCCGUCCGGCCCGGUCCGGUACUCACCACUUCCGCCGCCGCCAGUGCCGGCCGAAUCGUACACAUUUCCGCCCUCCUCUUCGGCGGCGCUCAGCCUGCCGCCUCUGUCAGCCUCAGCACCACGCUUUGUGGCGGGCGGGCCGCCACCACCCAUGGCAGAGGACUCGAUCAUGGUGGGCGCCGACUCCUGUUCUCGGUCGCAGCCAAUGGCGGCUUCGCCACAGGCCAGCACUGCCGCUGGCCCCACAGAAGGCGCCGCCAGGGCCACAUCCACCUCGGCCCCGGCACCGGCGCGUGGGUCAAGCCUCAUUCAGGUGUCGUCAUUGUCCCCUGUGAUUGGAGUUGCAGCCUCGCCAGCCGCGGCCUCAUCAGGGCUUGAGGCUGCAGCGGCCGCAGCAGGUGUUGGGACGGUGGCAGGGAUAGCGGCAUCGCAGGCUGCCGCAGCGCGCCGCCCUGCGGUGACGUUGGAGCCGCCGGCUUGGACGCCUGGGCAGGAAUCUCCCGAGUCCACACCGCGACUGCAGGCAACCCCGACCUCCAGCCCAGGGGGUUCGCGGCAGCGGCACCAGCAGCAGCAGCAACAACAGCGCUCGCCAGAUGCCUCGUCACCGGCGCGGGGCCUUGGGGGUGGGGGCCUGCCUCAGCGCGGGCCGUCUCGGAGCGCCUCCGCACGAGCCUCGGAGCAAGGGAGCAGCGGCUCGCCGGCAGCGGCGGCGGCCUCCACGCGUGCGGCCCCUGACGCCUCCGCACUGACGCCUGUGUCAAAUCCGCAUCGGCAGCAGAGCCCCGCGCAGGCGCCCGUGCCGCUGGACUACGGCAACAGCCUGGCGGCAACGGUUGUGGCGCCGCUGACGCUGAUUGGGCUGUCCGCGGUGGCGGCCAUGACCGCCAUCGCGGCGGGCGCUGUGGCGUCAUACAACGCCGCCGCCCUCGCCAGCCCAGGCGCGUCCUCCGCCUACUCCUACCCGCAGCCGUACAUGCACCCGCACCAAAUGCGGGACGGCGGCCACGCGGGCGUGCACAUCCGCAGCGCCACCCCUACAGCAGCCAGCGGUGCCAUGCCCCGGCAGGCGGGCGCGGAGGGUGAGGUCGAGGCUGCUGGUGGCGGACUGGAGCGGGAGGCGGCCUUCGUGGCCGAAUCGGGCGAGGGCGCAUGGUCGGUGGCCGCAUUCGCGCGGCGGCGGCGGCCACUGCAUCUUUCCGAGACGCCGGUGCGCGUGCUUUUCAGCUUGGCGCAGGCGGGAGAGGUGGAGGUGGAGGUGGAGGCAGCCAGCGCUAGCGCUAGCGCUCGUUCCGUGCCGCUAGCGCUCGCUCCGCGCUUUGCGGAGACUGGGAUACAGACGGAGCCGCUGCGCGUCUCGGCAGCCACGAGUCCGAUGCGGCCAGGCACGGCCUCCGUUGCCAUGGACUCGCCGCACCUCACCGAGAGCCCCACGCAGCGUGUGUACGUCUAUGACGGCCGGCCGGCGUCUUUCGCCGGCGUGAGCUCGCUAUCGGACCCUGCGGCAUCAUCCUCGCCGGUUUCCGCAGAGUUGGCGCCGGGUGCUGAUGCUGAGGCGGCCGCAUCUGGCGGGGCCCCGCGCGGCGCACAGGACUGGUACAUGACGUCGACGAGCGGGGCAGCGGCGGAGCCGCGUGCCGGCAGCUUCGACCUCAGGGGCAACAGCGACCUUAGCCUACCGUCGCCCACCGCGAGCUACAGCAGCAGCAAUGCCGUUGCCGGCGUAAGCCCUGCCGCAGCCGCCGGCCUGACUGCUGCUGCUGUAGCGGGCGCAGCGGCGUACGGGGCCUCCGCGAGCGGCGCCUACCCUUACCGUGUCAGCUAUCCGCCGCGACACUACGGGGGGGUGCACAGCGAAGGCAUGUUUAUGACCGAUAGCGAAAACCUCGCAACAGCCAGCCCUGCUGAAGACGCGGCGUCAUCGGGGUUCGUGGGCGCCAGCCGGUCCGCACCAGCGCCUAUGCCCGCGGCAUCGGGCUCGCCGACAUCCUCGUCAGGGCCCUCCGAGGCGUCUCAAACCAGCACCUCUGUCUGCACCCACGGCCCCGUGCCGGCGAUGUGCGCAUUCGUGGCGGCGGCGGAGUCCUCCGCCGCCGCCGCUGCUGUGGCGGCACCUGCCUCGCCAUCUGCAGGAGGUGCUGCUGCGGCGCAGGGGGGCCACCAUGCGCGUCUGGACGGCAUGGGCUCGCGGCCGUCCACCACCACGUCCCCAAGCAUCUCCGCCACCACCGUGCCGUCGUCCGUCGCCUCCGCACUCUACUCGCCAAUGGCAAGCGGCGCGGGCAGCACUGGCAGCGGCCGCGGCCCCGCCACCGGCGCUGUCGAUGGCGCCCCCACGAGCGCACAUACUUCAGCAGCCGCGUCGCCAUCAGUUGCUGUGGCUGCAGCCGGCGCCGCAUUCUUCGAAGGCGGCAGCCCGCAGUGGAUGGACUUGCAGCAGCGGCUACUGCCGCCAGGCGACUACAGCGUGUCUGCGGAGGCACCUGUCCUGGGCUCGGCCGCCGCCCGCCACGGCGCGGGGCAGUCGGGCGGCGGCAGCUUGAGCCACUCCCUCAGCCUGCGUGCUGGCACCAGCGCCGGUGGCACGCAUGCGUCUGCGGCGGCAACGGCCUCAGCCGGCAUGACCAGUAGCCCACGGCCCACGGCUCUGCCUGACAUUGGGUUCCCGGAGAACGCGGACGACUGCGCCUGGCUGCUGGCGCCGGCCGCCUCCGCGACUGUGCACGAGUCUGACGGCGGCAGCGCACCCACCCCAACCGCGUCGGCGGCCGCCGCCGCGCGCUCGGCCCGCAGCAGCCCGUUCGCUGGGAACGCCGCAGGCGGCGGCGUGGCAGGCGUUGGUGGUGCUAGCAGCGGCGAUAGUCCAGCUGGUGCCGGUGCUGGCGGCGUCAAGGCGCUGGGCGGAAGCGGCAGCGGGGCGUCCAGUCGCCGCUCCAGCUCGGGCAGCUGCGGCGGUGGUCGUGCGGGCGGCGGCUGCAGUGACCCAACCUGGGCUUUCAUGGAGGAGCCCGGAAGGUCGCCAGCCGGCGCAGCCGGUGCCGGCGUGUUCGACGGCAGCGCUGCCUUCGGCACCAGCCGUGCUGCAGCGGUUCCGCCCAUGUCGCCAGGCCUGUCCGACAUCUCUUCCACUGCCUACGGCGCGCCUGCCGGCGGCAACAGGGGCGCCGGCUACUGGCACUCCGGCAUCAGCACCGCCAGUGCCUCGCCGUUUGGCACGCCCGCCAAGCCGGCAGGCGCAUCCGGUCCCGCCGCUGGUGCUGGCGCCUCUGCCAGCCCUGCGCCGGCGCCGUUCGUGAACCCGCUGUUCGUCACGCCGUCAAAGGACGCGCGUGCGUCGGGCCGGUCGAUUGAGAGGAGCGACAGCGGCGGUGACAUCGCUCUGCCGCUGCUGCCGUAUGGUGGGGUGGCCGCCGUGGCGGCGGCGGCGGCGGCAGGCUACGCUACUGGCGGCGGGCGGCACGGUGGCACAGGUAGUGGCGAUGGUGACGGCGACGGCUCUCUAUCAUAUACCUCCUCCGCCGGGCCUUCCACCUACGCCGGCAGUGUGGGAGCGGCGGGGCCGGUGCCUUGGGCUGCGGGCGGCAGUGGCACGUCAGCAAGUGUAGGUGCUCCCUUCGGCACGCCGCAAGGGCCCGCAGGCGCGCAGCUGUACCCGCAGCUGCAGCAGCACCAGCACCAGCAGCAGCUGAACCCGGCACACGCGGCUUGGACGGGCGUGCCGCCGCAAUGGCAGGCGCCGGGACUGCCGCACGCGAGCCCGCUCAUGGUCCUGAAUCCCAUGUAUGCUCAGGAACAGGCCGCAGCCGCUUCCUCCUCCUCAGCCGCGCAAUCCACUGCUGUGUCGCCUGGCGUAGACGCUGUCUCAGACCCCGCGUUUGCGACAGCGACGCACUCGCAGCCGGCCCCGCCGGCGCGGCAACCGCCUCUGGGUUGGGGCAGCCCGGCUUUUCGCACGGCCGGCAGCGGCAGCACCGGUGGCGGCUCGCAAUCCACGCCGCUGGGCUGGGGCAGCCCUACCUUCCCCGCGCCCGCAAGUCCAGCACGCGGUCUGCAGCAGCAGUACCCGCAGCACCCCCAGCCCUCGCAGCAGCAGCAGCAGCAGCAGCAGCCGGCGGCUGCCUGGUCCACACCACAGGUCGCUGCUCAGCAGCAGGCGCCCAUGCUGUUUUCCGGCGCGGACUCGGCGGCGGCGGCAGGCGCAGCCGCGCACGUGGACGGCCAGGCCGUCGUGACGCCUCGUCAGGGUGGCGUGAAUGGCGGCGAGGGCUUGCUGUCAACUCCCAAGCAGCAGCCGCUAGCGCAGGCGUGGGGCUCGCAGCUGACCUCGCCAAUGAGCAGCGUGCAGGGCUCGCCAAAUAGCCAGCAAGCCAAGCACGCGGCCGCGCUGUUGCGCAACGCCAAUGACGCAGUGGAUGAGGCGCGGACGCUGGUCUCCCGGGGGGACGAGGCGUGGCUCCAGCACGUUGCCGAGACGCUGGCAGCGGUGCAGAACGCGAUUGACGCGCUCAAGUGGCAGUAGGUGUCGUGUGUGGUUACAAGUUGCCGGACCAUGCUUUGGUGUCAUGCAUUGUGCAUCGUCUUUCAUAGUACAUAGUCAUGCAAUUCAUAUGUAUACGUACUUGUACCGCUAGAUGACGGAAGACUGCUGGGGGGAGAGGCGGGCAGUCGAGUGCGGGGGCUGGGGGAUGAGGGAUGAGAGGCCGUGCCGUCAUGCCAUCUGGAGGCCCUGCUAACGAUUAUGCAACCCCGUAUGCACAUUUGCAUAAACGCAUAUUGUGAAGAUGAUUUUGUAAGUAACAACGACG